AUGGAAGCUUCAACAGCCGAGCCCCAAGAGUGUCGUGAAUCCGACCAAGAUUGGGAGAGUCGGGGCAAGCUCAUCCAUGACUACCUCGAGAAGAACUCCCCACAGUUUGUCAAGGUCCGCGACUUGCGCAAGAAGGGAUGGGAGAACCCUGCAGGUGAUACUUUCUUCCAGAACCAGCGUCGCAUUGCCGAAAACCCCGACGAGCGGACUACCAUGAUUUUCUUCGACAUGAUGAAGAGAAUUGGCCAAGAGAUGCAGAAAAUUACGAGCGCCCUCAAAGUCAAAACUCCUAGAUGGGGCAAGACCCAGAUUCUUGACAUGGGCAUGGCGCCCGGCGGCUUCCUCGCGACGGCUAUGAAUCUCAACCCAGGUGCUCAGGCGAUGGGCUUCAGCCUUCCCGAGUCCGACGGGGGCCACAGGGUCAUAAUAUCGCACAGUCUCGACAUCGAUCGCAGAGACGUCGACAUUACCAUGCUCGCUGCGGAUAUGGGCGUCAAAGACAUUCCCGCCGACCAUCCCGACUUCGCCAAGUUUCUCCCUCGCCAAUUCACGCCCGACCAGCGAUUCGAUCUCGUCAUCUGCGGUGGAACAAAGGUCAACAAGCAAGAGCGUGCCUCCUAUCGACACGAACGCGAGCCUCAGCGACUGGGCGCCAGCCAGCUAGCGCUCGGCCUCGAGAGACUUAGACCUGGCGGGACCAUGGUUGUUCUCUUCCACAAGAUGGAGGCUUGGGGCACCGUGCGUGAGCUCUACAGAUUUUCUCAGUUCUCCGAGCUUAAGGCGUUCAAGCCGAUGUCCGGUCACAACAAACGCUCCUCAUUCUACAUGAUUGUUACGAGAGUCCAGAGCAAGAGCUCCCUGGCCCUCCAGGCUAUUCAACGCUGGAAAGACAUUUGGCAAGCUGCCACCUUCGGAUCCGAAGAGGAUUUUCACGAGACCAGACGCAAGAACUCACCUGACGUUAAGGAGGUACUCGAUGAGUUUGGUGAUCAGCUUGUGAAAAAGGGCAACAGAGUUUGGCAGAUUCAGGCACAGGCUCUCGAGAAGGCUCCCUUCGUUCAGAGCAAGUAA